UGAAGGUCAUUUACUCAUCCAAUAUGGCGGAGCUUCAGUUUGAGGCACCGCUAGCCAAGUUUGAAAAUGAGGAAUGGAGUGAAUACAGUGAAUUUCAGGAAGCUGUAACAGUUGAAAAUAUUUUGAAAGACACUGAAACACUCCAAACAAGUGAAUCAAAUGAAAACGAGGACAGUGAACACUUUACAGAGCCUUAUUCGGGAUCUUUAGAAGAUCUCGUGAACUCUUUCGACGAGAAGAUAACGAAGUGUUUUUGCAAUUUUGAGGAAAAUGUUAAUGACAAAAUAGCCCCUGUGCAAAUAAGAUCACAAGAAGAGAUGGUAAAUGAUUGUCAAGUGUGGUGGACCAUAACAGGAAAUUUCGGUAACAUUCUGCCCAUUGAUUGGUCCAAGAGCUAUGCAAGGCAACUCCAAUCCAAAGUGCUAAACCUCAAAGAGAACCAGGUUCCAGAGUCCCCUAACCUUGACCUGUCAGAUGAUGAGGAGCUGAGUCAGCAAUUUGACAUGCACUCCCUGAUUGUGUCCAGUCUCCAGUCCCAUGACGCAGACCAUGUUGCAACAGCAGAUGAGGUCAUUAGCGAAAUAGAGACCAUGAUGCAGGAACAUGGAACCCAGGAGUACACUCAAGAUGAUCUUGAGCAUGAAAUGGCCUUGGAAAAGGAGAAACUUCCGCAGAUUCCCACCUAUACUGAGACAGAUCUGAAGGGGAUGAACUGUACACAGCUGAAUGAAGUUCUGAAUGAGUACGAGGUGAUCAUCAAGGAACUGUCUGAGGUCCUGAUCCGAGAACUCGCGCUCAGAGACGAACUCGAGUAUGACAAAGAGCUCAAGAACCAGUUCAUCUCUCUGCUGCUGACCAUACAGAAGCGUCGCCGCGAUGGAAACUUGGACAAGAAGAAGAAAAAAACCAAAAGUGUUAAUAAUAACAUGAACAGCCCAGAAGGCCAAAGCACAUUCUUGACGACUGUAAUUCCAUACCAUGCUACUGAUGGUCCACCAACAUCAGAACAACUACAGAUCUACAUCAAAAUUUUACAGGCCAUCAAUGAGGAUAGCUCGACUGUCCCUGGUCUUCUGACAGACUAUAUCCUGAAAGUGCUGUGUCCCACCUGAAUCCAGUGUACAGCAGAAUCCUGUUUUCUUUGUGUUUUUUACCUGCUGGAUGCCAACGCUUGUUGAAACAGUGGAGACAACAGGAGUAUUUCAUGCUGCUUAAUGGCCUAGUUUGGUUUCCAUGACAACCAAUUUGUGUACUUACUUAAUGGACUUAUUUCUUUUUUAUUUUAUGCUGUGCAAUAGAAUUCAAUCAUAUGUUUUACAUGUUUACUAAAGAAUUAGAUGAUUUCUAAAAGAAUGAGUAAAACCACCAAAGAUAUUAUUUAAAAAUCAUCCAUAUUCAUGUAUUACAAGUUUUAGGUGCUGUCAUUCCAUUUUGUUUGCCAAUCAAAUUUAUACUCCCACCAGAAUUUUUAAGUCUGGAAUCCUUAUUUGAUGGCAAGGACUUAAAUUUUGCCAAUGAUAACUCAUCAGAGAACAGCUGUAAAAAUUAGAGUCCCAGAUAGACUGUCAUUGCAGUAUUGUACAUGUAGGUGUGAACUAAUUAGACAGUAUUAUGUUGAUAUAGAUCAAAGACAGUGUCUACUUCUUGUAUUGGUAUGGCUUGGUCAUUUGCUACCACCUCAUUUGUUAUUCAAGUUUAGGGUUUGGUCUUGCAAGAUUUAGAAUCAGGAUUGUGUCAUAGUGAUAGGAACUGUCUCAUGAAAAAAAUGGAUAAAUGUCUGCUUUGUCUGUGUAAAGAGCAUGAUGGGGUGCCAUUGUAUUAAUACUAAACCAAGCAUAUUGUUAUUAAUAUAUACUUUUAUUGUUUUAUUAUUUUGAUGAUUUUAUUUUUAUUUUAUUAUAUUUUUAUUAUCACAGUGAAGAAUAUUCAUUGAUCAACAGUUAGCCAAAUAAUGAACAAGAAGUCUUAAGCUCUUUUAAUCUGUACCAUAUUCACUUAAUCCUAACUAUAAGCUCUUUUAAUCUGUACCAUAUUUACUUAAUCUCAACUAAAUUCCCUGCGAGAUUUUGAUUCAAUACUAGUGCAUCAACUGUAAUUAACUUGUGAUUGAUUGAAUACCUCAUAAAGAGAAAUCAGCACUGAAUCAAUUCUGGUAAAGAAACAAAAUUAAAUACACAAGCAUUGACCAAUCUCUCUCUUAAAUACAAUUCAGUGGUACUUAAUUGUAUCUUGAACCCAGAAAUUUGUUGGAAUUCCCAAUUCCUCUUUCUUAUUUACUUUAAUCACUAUAUUUUGAUACCUUUGGUAUCUCAAAGUUUAACUCCCCUCAGACCUUAGUAAGAGACAAUGAUUGUGAUAUAAUUAUAAUACUUUUGAAAUCCAUUUGAGGAUUAUACAUGUAGUUGAAUUAAGUUUUAAAGAUAAGAUAGAAGUUAUGGUAGUUUAGAUAUAUGUUGUAUAUGGUUGUUUUACUACUACACCAUUAAAGGGGAACAAACCCUAUUGUACAAAAAUCACCCAAUACUGUAAAUGCACAAAUGUGCUGAAAGUAUGUAUAUAUAUGUACAGUGUAUGUGAAGUUAAAAGUACCCUCUAUCCACAUUUUUCAACUCAUUCCACAGACAUCAGUGCUCUCUGAGCUAUGUGCUGUGUGUAAUCCUUUUAAUCACAGGUAUUGUUUGUGUAAGUGUUGUUACAAUGUGUCCAUUUUAUAUCCAAUAUUGUUAAUACACUCUGAAAUGUUCUAGUCAACACAUCAGUAUAGUAUGUAGGUAUGUAUUUAACAUAUGUAUUUCUGUGUACAGGAAACAUUUUAUAUAUUAUGUAUAUGGUACAAAUUCUGGUCUAUAGGGGUUUUCGUGUGUGAUGUACAUGAAUAUAUAUAUAUACUUUUCUUGCGGUAAAAAUAUUGUACUAAGACUAAAGUGUGUGUUCUACUAAGCUUCAUUUCUGGCAAGGCCUCACUGGAGUUCUUAAAAUUUCUAACAAAUAUUGACAGUGAUUACUGCAUAAACUGUAUCAUAUUCCAACAAAUUGCCCCAUAUGAAGGACUAUGUGAGAGAUUUCUUCACUGAAAUAACAGCUUUAUAAAUGCUCCUGUAGUAUUAGUGAGACGAGUGUCCUGCAACUACUGAUAGUUCACAUGAUCAUGCUGUACCAGUAAAAGCUAUACCACGCCUCAUCAUGUCUGUAAUGGUAGAUACAUUGAAUUAUUUGUUAGUGAAAUGCUGGUUGUUUACAUGUUUAGCUGUGAUCCUUGUUGUAUUUAAUAUACCAAUGUAUACUCAAGUUUGCUGUAAAUGCAGGUGUACAUUAAUUAUAAAUAAACUGCCUCUUAACAAAAAUA